CGUAAGAAAAGGCGGCAAGUGUUCCAGCAAAUCGCGAAGUACUUUCGGUGCUUCUGCAAACUUACAAUGACAUCCAGCGUUUGCGGAAGAUUCUAAAAGCGAGCUCGACUAACGAUAUGCAAUAGUACCUGUCCACAAUGAAAGUCGGGUGAUGUUGAUUAACCUUGUCAUGUUGCAGUGCGGUCGCGGCCUGCUGUUAGCAGACGACUGGCUUUCGCAUGCUACGGUGCUACAUACUGCACCGCAGUUUUCGUUGUGUCGAGAAGAUAUUGAGCACUAAAGGCGUGAGCAGUACCUUAUACUAGUUAAUCAGUGAGCGAAUUCGUUGAGGCCGCCCGAAACGCUCGCCUGAAAGCCAAGUAAUGAGUCUUCAGAAGCUAGACUCGCGCACCGCGAGGCUUUUACAUAGCAGCCAGUCAAUUGCUUCAGUUAGCAGCAUUGUGAAAGAAAUCGUGGAAAACUCACUUGAUGCGGGUGCUACCAGCGUUGUCGUCAAACUGGUUGAUUAUGGACUCGAUAGAAUUGAGGUGAUCGACAAUGGCCAUGGUGUUGAAGAAGACGACCUGCCACUGGUCGUACUUGCCGGCUACACAUCAAAGAUAAGAAGUUCAGAGGAUCUCCUGUCCCUCUCCACCUAUGGAUUUCGUGGACAGGCGCUUGCAGCCAUUGCCGCUGUGUCCAGAGUCACUGUCGCCAGUGGGCCCCAAGACAGCGAACAAGGGCUGGCGUUGUGCUUCGACACACAGGGAAACAUUGCGUCACGAAAGACCUUGCCUUGGAAUGGAGGAAUGCGAGUGACCAUUGAAGACAUUUUCAAGAACAUUCCAGUGCGAAGGAAGCAGAUGGACACAAUGAAAGCAAAAUCGGUGCAGCUUAAGAAAGUUCAGCAUUUUCUUCAUGCCAUGGCCAUUGCUUGCCCUGGUGUGGGCCUCAGUCUUCACCACAACAAAAGCGUCAUCUGGACGAAAGUGCCCGUGAAAACCAUGCGGGAAGCUAUUGCCCAGGUGUACGGCAUCAGUACGCUGCAAAUGUUGCAUUACAGUGAAGCACACGACGACAACAUAGGCACUACUAUAAAGCUGUUUGUUCCUGACGUGUCGAUCAAGGACAAAGAAAAACUGCCCACUAGUUCCGAGCCAGAGAAGAGCUUGCUUUUAGUAAAUGGGAGGCCUGUGAGGAUCAAGGAGAUGAUGCAGUUGCUACAAAAUGAGUUUUCUUUGGCGAUCGGCGCGGAGGAUGGAAGUGCAAUGAAACAUCCCAUUUCUGUCGUCUCAGUCGAUGUUCCACCAAGUGAGCUUGAUGUGAACUUGGAGCCGGACAAGAGUGCUGUUGUAUUCACUAAGAAGGAUGCAGUGUUUGAGCUUUUCGAAGGUUUAGUAAGAAAGGCGUUCAGCAGUGCAUCUGCAAAGGACAUUGGUGAUGAUGCCGUUGAAGAUGGUGUUAUGACAGCACAGCUUCCUUCAGACGAUUUGGCAGCUAGGAAUCGGCAGGACCUAAGAACAGUCGAUGACUUGGAUCGACUGUUCGAUGACUUUGUGAUGCCGGGCGAUGUCUGUGAGGACUUGGAAUGCCAGAUAAACAAAGAUCUCCCUGUCACUCCUGAUGGUAACAAGGAGAACAUGGCAUCACUUUCUGAAAAGGCAGUAGUUCCUCCUGAUGAGACCACUGCACCGCGCAAGGACCUUCCAGGAGUAUUAUCAGAGAAAAUUUCAACACCAUCAAAAAACGUCGCAGCACCCCUACCUGUGCCUGAAAGACAAGCGUCACUCUGGUCUCUUGGUAUCCUUCAGAACACGCAAGGGAGAACAGUGGCGGAGCCUACAAGAGUGGGAGGAGCAGGCAUUGCAGAGAAGAGGCCCAUGAUCAGUCCACUGAAAGACAGGACGCCUAGCAAGAGAAUGCGGAUGCUUACAAAGCCAUCGGGAGUUCAGAGCUGGCUGAAAGACAUGCUGGGCACUCAAAAGCGCUCGGCCAAGGAAAUAUACUGCGCUAGUCGGAAGAAAGAGAUCCUGUCACAGGUUCCAGAAAUGCCACUAAUGGAGCUCAGUGAUCUUCUUGAAGAAGGGUGGACUUCGUUAACACCUGACGAAAAGCAGCAGUAUGAAAAACAGGCUGGAAAAUCUCCGAUGGAAUGCAACAAGUCACUUAGUGUGUCACAGCAGGCAAAGGAAAGCGGUCCACCAAAGCAGUCUACAUCAAAUUGGAAAAGAGUGGAGCUGCAGUUCUCUAUGCAAAGCAUAAAAGAGCACUUUGAGGACUAUUGUCUGCUUAGCCAACAGCCGCUCAGCCUGGACACUACACUAGUGGGACCACUUCGUGGAUGUCCCAGCGAUGCCUGGGUCGUCUGGCACAAGGCCAAGCUUUGCACAUUGAACACUGCACGCCUACGUGAAUCAAUCACGUUCAAGAGGCUUCUGGCUUCGUAUCCCAUUUCAUCGCAGGAAGCCGAUCCACCCAUAAUUGUGACACCCACCAUACUUGGCAGCGACCUGUUGUGGAACACGUUACUCGGUAUGAAGAACGAGACCCGAGAUGCAUCUGGAUACUUGUACGUGACAGAUCCACUGCUCACUUGCAAUGGCUUCCACGUGAGAAUCCUGCCAGGUAGUAAAGCAGAAAUUGUGAAGCUUCCCAAGGACCAGGCAUUAUCGGAGAUGGUGGAAAUUCUGAAGACUGUCUCAUCGUGUCCGUCUGUGACUGUGGCUACCUGUCGGCUGCCCAGGACGGUGGCUUUGCUCAGAGACGAAGCCACACGAAUGGUUCGCAACAUGCCACCAAAAAUGUCGCGUGACGAAGUUAAAGAACUGUUGGCCACGCAACAAGACUUGCUGCAAGAGCUGUGCGUGCACAACAGGCCCAUAUGCACGCGCUUCUUCGACAUGAGCACAAGCUUUGGCCAUGCAUCUGAAGACACCUCAUCACAAGUCACUCUUUAAAAAGAAACAAGUGUUUU